UACGCUUUUCCACUUUUAAACUGUAACUAAACUCCCUUUGCCCUAAUCCCAAUUCCGAAGUUCCAUAGGUGUGAGCUGCGAUUUGCGAUUGAAAGCUGAAAGCAGAGAGUUCGGCCUUCAAUCUCCUUGCACCACCAACCUCUUUGUUCGGAAAGCUUUUCGAUUCAGUCGCCAUGGCGAGCACCAAAGUUCAGAGGAUUAUGACCCAACCCAUUAACUUGAUUUUCAGGUUUCUUCAAAGUAAAGCUCGCAUUCAGAUAUGGCUUUUUGAGCAGAAAGACCUGAGGAUCGAAGGCCGCAUCAUUGGCUUCGAUGAAUAUAUGAAUUUGGUUCUCGAUGAUGCAGAGGAAGUCAACGUAAAGAAGAAGAGCAGGAAGACUUUAGGGAGGAUACUCCUUAAAGGAGACAACAUAACUCUGAUGAUGAACACGGGAAAGUGAUGGUCAUUUUUGCACCCUUUUAAGAGGUAUUGAAGUCGGCCCUUUCACGGCGUAACAUAGAAUGUUCAUUUUAGUGUGAAUUGUUGAUGUGUUUAUUGUAGUGACGUUAAAAGAUGUAGUUUAUAUGAGAGAUACUAGACACUGCACUCAACUCAUCCAGCUCUCUACUUGUUGCUUUGCUUUGCUAUGAUACAUGCUAGGUUUGAAUAUCAAAUUUCAGUUGGAUUUGCUUGGAAUUGCUCAAAAUUUGGGUGUUACAGAAAGAAUGUAGCCCUGUUUACUAGGGAAUGAGAAUCAAUUUUUUCAUUCCCUUUAUCAGGUUGUAGGAAUCGAAAGAAAUGAUGAGACUUAUCUCAAACUUUGCAAUCACAUUUCUUUAAAAGGUUGUAAUCUCAUUCUUCUCCUUGUUCUGUAGACCUCACAUAUUAUAAUUACUUUGUAACUUUUA